UCCCAAGCCGAUCUCAAACAAACCCCAACUCCAGCUGAGCCACCUUCAUUCAAUCUUAAGGUCUGAAAUUUAAUAGAAAAAAAAUAAUAAGAAGAAACUCAAAAGAGAAGAAAUGGGUCUAGAAAUUGUGAUCUCCCUCCCUCUGAUAUUGUUCGCCAUUUUUCUCGGUUUCGGUUGCUUCUUGUUCGGGAGGGCGAAGGGGAGGCAGGACAUGAGGACCGGGGUCGGCUCUCAGAUCUACGGCGCGCCCGUGCCCCCUCCGGCGGUGGUCAGAGAGGCCGGUCAGUCUCCUGACGAUAUGAAGAAGCAAGGACCUGAUAACGUUUGAAAACGUGUCGAGUUCUUGAGUACCAAAAUGUGUUCAUUUCAUUUGUUGUAUCUUGUUGGUUAGUCGUUUAUCAUCGUUUUAUUAUGAGAAAUAUAAAACUUUGGUUGUUGAUUUCAUGAGUGAA